AUGGGUUCCCGCGCCCCGAACUCCAACAGCUUCUUGCUGGGCGACAAGGCUCUGGCCGGCCUGCCGCAGCUCCUGGACGACCUGCAGCGCCUGUCCGAGGAUCAGGACAGCGCCGACGUGGUCUUCCUCGUGGGACGAGACGAGGAGAGAGUCUAUGCGCACAGGAUCAUCAUGAUGGCCAGGUGUAAAAGCUUCCAGACGCUGAAAAGGGGGGAAAUCUGCCGCAUUCCCGGAUGCAGCGUCUUGCCAGCUGCUCCAGGAACGCCGAUUCCCAUUCGAUUGCCACACUUGAGCGCCGACGUCUUUCGCCAGUUCAUCCUCUACGUCUACACGGGCAAGAUUCUCCUGCAAGAUUCCAUCUUCGAGAUGAUGUCAAUGGCUAAAGAUUUGGGCGUCGAUGAGCUGCGAACGGCGUGCGAAGAUCACGUCGUGUCGACGCUUUCAGUGGCCAACGCGUGCACCUUCCUCAUCGCCGUCAUGGACAUUCAAGAGAAAACAACAGGCGCCAAGUGCACAGCCUUCAUGGAGAGAUGCGUGAGCUACAUCGGAGAGAAUGCCGCGGAGUGCGUGAAGACGAAUGCCUUCCUCAAUCUGACCAAGGAGGGCCUGAUUAAGCUCAUCUCGUCGGACUACUUCUGCCUGGAGGAGGAGGACGUGUGGCGCUGCGUGCUGGCCUGGGCGAAGAACCAGGCCGGCGUGACGCAGCCCACGGCACACUGGACGGAGGAGGAGCGCGUGCGUGUGUGCCAGCAUCUCUCGGGCGUCAUCAGCCACGUGCGCCUGCUGCAGAUCGACAGCAAGGUGUUCGCGGAGGAAGUGGAGCCCACGGGCGCCGUGCCGAUGGAGCUGUCGCUCGAGCGCUAUCGCUUCGCCGCGCUGAGCGCCCCCGUCGCCCUGCCGACGCCCGGCGACACGGACAAGCGCCUGCAGCCGCGCCUGCUGCUCAAUCUCUUCCCCGGCUCGGCGAUCCUCAAGAGCGACAAGCUCCAUCUGCAGAGCGUGCUCAACGGCUGGUUCGGCGGCCCCAAGCAGAUGUGGAAGCUGGCCUUCAGGGCAUCCGAGCACGCCUUCUCCGCCGUGUCCUUCCAUCGCUACUGCGAUGGCGUGGCGCCCACGAUGGUGAUCGCGCUGGGCGCGCGCGGAGAGAUCUCCGGCGGCUUCAGCGACGUGCCGUGGGCGAAGAACAGCCGCAAGGGCGGCUACAUCCACUCCGAGAAGGCCUUCCUCUUCGCCCUGGCCGGCGGCCCCGAGCCGCCGCUCAAGUUCGGCAUCGUGAAGAAGCCCUACGCCAUCUGCUACCAUCCGGACUGCGGCCCUAUUUUCGGUGCCGGCGCUGAUCUGCUCAUCUCCAACUCGUGCAGCUCCAACAUGGAUUCCUACUCGAAUCUCCCGCACUCCUACGACGGCCCCGGCGCCAGCUGCUCCAGCAUGUUCGGCGACUACAACUUCACGAUUGUAGAUUACGAGGUCUACACAACAGCUUCGCCGGCGGAGGCGGCGCGCGGUGGCGCCAAAGAAUCAUCUUCUCAUGCGCGGCGUGAGAGUGCAGGAGAGAUGCUGCCCAAUAAUUAUGUGGCAGGAAUUGUAGCGAGAAAAAUGGCCGUGGAAUUGAUCUCGCGAGAUUUAUGA